AUGUCGGACAACGACGUCUGUGACCACCCAGGAUGCGGCAUGGGACCAUUCCCGACCUGCGACAUCGCGCGAAAGCACCGAUACCGCUACCACUCCGUCCCUAUACCAUUCCUGAUUGGUGGGAACGAGUACGUUGUAGGCCAAUCCGAUGGACAUUAUUCGUGCCCGCUCCCGGAGUGUAAGUUCAUUUCCAAAAAGCGUGAAGCUAUUCAGAAGCACAUCAACGUCGCACACAACGCAUCAGUCAAAAUCAAGGUCUUUGAUGCUCCUGAGUGUCUUGUGGCCUCCAAACAGGUUCUCGAUCAGGACAGCGGUGUCCGCGAUGGGACUGGCAACCUCAUAUGCCCAGAGGAUGUCUGGUCCGACGAUUUAGUCCCAGAAGGUCCAUCCCGUGAGGAUGUCUGCAGCAGAGAUCCUUCCUUUGAUAUGGACUCCAGCACUGUCUCAUUGUCGCCAUCAGUAGACUACUUGAUGUCCAACGAGGUUCUAGAUUCUCUCGGCGUGUGCUUUCACAGCCAUUUGAGGUUCCUUAUCUGCUACUCGUGCAAGGUCGCAUUGACCUCCGGGAUGGUUUCUGGACACAGGAAAAAGCACCAUCAUGCGUAUCAGGUACCUUCAUCCACCAUGGAGUCAUUCCUGGACUAUUGUUCGCGGUCAAAUGUUCACGAGAAGCCAGAGCAUGUCAAGCUACCAACAGCAGGUGGACCACCUGUACAGAUGAUUGCGUCCCCCGUUGAAGGUUUUUCAUGCACUGCAUCCGCUGAUUGCGUGUAUGCCGUGAAGGAUUUAGGAACCAUUCAGCGCCAUAGUAGAGAGAAGCACAGCGUUACCGGCUUACAGGAGAUCCAGUAUCGGUCUUGUCUGGUCCAACAUAUCUUUACUGCUGUUGGCAACUCGUAUUUCGAGGUUGGGCAAAACGUCAUUCCAUCUGCGAGACCCAAUCUCAAAUCCACGCUUAAGGCUACAUUCCUACCUGCAGUUGAGCUUUCAUUGGUCGUUCCAGCCAAUACCGAACGGGAGAGGACUCCCCUGAUACGCUUCAUGGGUUGGGACAGGUUCGAGCAUAGCGAUGAUGAAUUUGGCGGAAUUCUGACCCGUCUCGCUGCUGCAGUGCAAGACCACAUGGCUAGGGCAUCGACCAUCUUGGAUGGUCAUCCUCAUAGGUUGAGCCUGUCUAAAAUACUGUUGUAUGGUGACGCAAUACCGCGAGAAACGGACAAUCAUUGGAGGCCUGUGUCGGAUGAAAACGUCGAGUAUCCAGGCUUCAUUGUUCAAUUCAUGAGGGCGAUCAUGCGCGUUCACCUCGGAUUCCCAUUGGAUUUCUCGUUCGAGCUGUCUGCUGCGCAGACCCUGUGUCUCGAGGAACUUGUGACUGUGCUGGGCGACGAGAAUGCCUCCCCACGAAAGAGGAUGAUUUUCUACCAUAAUUUGGCGUGGUCCCUAGUCGAUACCGAUCCAGAUUUGUGCGUGGGCCAGCGAUGGGCAAACCCUAUCAAACGAGCCAUCUGGCUCAGGGCGUUGCGUGCGGACGGAAACUUCUGUGAAGCGUCCGUCCUCACACCAGAUCUUGCAAAGUUUAAAUAUCUUUGCAACGUCACAUCCCUCCUUGAGGCGCUGAUGGACAAAGACGAGGAUACGGACUCAGUACAUUCAGACGACCAUGACCGCGUUGCUCGUGUUCAUGAUCGGGUGCUACGCCUCGGCCGUCCGACUACGUUCAACAUCAUCUAUGAGAUGCAGCAAUAUGCGUCCUCUUUGGUGUUUAGUCAAACCAGAGAACCCAAUGUCUAUGUCGAUCCAGACGUCAAGUCCAUCACGAUAGGCGUCCACACCAUGCACAUGGACAAGCUGAGAGACGGGAUACAAAGGCUCCUCCAGGUGUCAAAGUCGCGCUAUUCCGCCCUCACCAAUGACAUUUUCAUGUUGAAGAUGGUGCCAGAGCAGGUCAAGGACGACCUCACCAACUCUACUCGUGGCUAUUCGCUCGUAUCGGAGGACCCCUUUUUUAAAAAUCGCCACGCCAUGUUCUUUUACUUGGUUGAUCACUACGACCUGGCAAUGGUCGACAACGCAGGACGAAUCGCAUGGAACAUCCCCGGCAUCAAGGAUCUGCUCAGACGCUCGUCAUGCGUCUGGGAGCCCAUCUACCAUCUUCUGUACAUCACCACUCACAUCUCAUGUCGCGGAACCCAGUUCGUAGACCACAAAAUCAGCAAUUCGGACAGGCAUCGCAACCUCUUCAUGCAGGGGAUGGAGAUGUUCCUCCUGACAGCUUACAGCAAAAGGACCGGCAUUACUGAUCGAGACUCAUGCACCCCAGGGUUCGUUCCGAAGGACAUCGCAUUCUUGGUGCUCGAAAUGAUUGCAGGGGGGUUGCGCACCGCCGAAGCCAUCCUUGCUGGGGUUGCAUAUGGAGCAGAGGCCGAGCAUCUGUACAGAACGUACCUCUGCGUCGGUGAGGGCGUGAGGACAAGUCCUACAAGGUUUUCCGCCAACAUUCAGCAGUGGAACCAUGAUUACUUCGACUGUCGAUGGGGAGUCAGGGAUUUCCGCCAGGGCGCGAUUACCAUUGGUCGUGAAUUCAUCGCUCCAGACGACUCUUAUGAUCAAGCCGACAACAUCCUCGCUGAAUCCGCAGAUCACUCCACUGGUGUGGACCAUACACACUACGGCAUCGUCCAAGGAGUCGUCCCUAGAUUGUCCAACAACAGCAUGUGCAAGCACAGAUGGCUUGGAGAUCAGUGGCACAGUGUCCUUGGUCUUGGCCCCCUUGCGCCUCCAGAGGCAAUAAGAAUCAGGCACAAGAAUAUGUCUAACGGGACGACGCUCCAGGCCAUCGCAGAUGUGGUCAAGAAGACCACGCAAGAAACUAUCAAAGAGUUUUUGGACGCACACCGCACUGACGUCUUGAAGGACACAAUUUCUACAGCCAUAAUCAAACAGCUAAAAGACGCGACAGAUGAUGCACCGGAAAUUUCAUCGCCACUUCCAACAACAUGGAACGGGGGAUCGUUUCACUUGAGCAGUAAUUUGGACGCCAUGUUCUAUGAAGAAAGCGAAGGUAUCCGGCGAGACCCUGCUUCCUCAUCAGGUCCCAGUGGGUACAAUAACAACAGUGUUAACGCGUCCCCUGUUGUUGUGUCGCCCACUGCAAGUGGUUAUAUUCAAUGCGGAGAAAUGCUUUCGGACUCCCCACUCCCAAAGGGUCCACGACAUUCUCCGACGUGGUCCCAACAACGCAUCAGUCCGAGUUUCCUCCAUUCAAAGAUCGCAAAGGGAAGGGCAGAGCUUAUGAAAACACCAGAACCUCCAUUGGUUGAUGGCGUCAUGUCGUCGUCUAUAUCUCCUAUCGCAGACAUCAAAGGGAAACGGAAGCGUGGCGACUAUGAGAACAUCCAUUCUCGAGCAUUCGCCAAUCCAGCUAGAGCGUCCAGAAGAAAACACGCGCCUCGCAGUGUCUCGCAUCACAAUUCCAUCCCAUCUACGUCCGGUUCAUACCCAGUCACACCAACUGCACACCGCGCACGGAAGUACGCACCACGGGUCAAACUAUCAUUAGAACGCGUCGCGGAAUCGACGAAACACGUUCGCAGGUUGUCUUCGGAGGUGAUGGAUAUCUCCAGCGACGAGGAGUUGUCCAGUCUUGAUACUAUACAGCUGAAACGCCUUCGUGGGUCGAGAACAUCAGUACCCCAGGUGCCUGUGGAGGUCAUCAGCCUCUCUAGCAGCGGUGAGGACUCGAGCCCAGACGAGAACAUGCCUAUCAAACGUCUUCGUAAGACCGCAGCAUCAGUCCAACAGAUGCCGAUCGAUGCAGCUAGCUUGUUUCUGGCGAAUGCAGCCCAUCAAAACGUGCAGUCACUAGUUUUGGUACACCAUCAUCGCCCCCAAGCGCCGUUCAGGACGUUCAAGAGAACAUUAGACGAGCGAUCAGACACAUCAGGAAGGACGAUAGUGCAACAGAAAAGACCCCCGAUCAGAUGGACAUGCUAA